AUGGCCUCCCUUCUCCGGCGGCCAGGCAAUAUCGUCCGAUUCUCGAGAAGGGCCACGGAGUGCCUCGGCCGCGCUGGAACGACUUCGCUGCGAACACAUCCGUCUCGACUCUCUUCACUAAUCACAUCUUCCCGUGUACGAAAUUAUGCCACAAAUGGUCCAACACCUCCGAAGAAGGAUUCCGAGGACUCCCGGCCUAGGAGUGGUGAGCCGGAGUCGGUCUUGAGCUCGGAGGACCAGCUGAGGUUGGACGCCUUCGUGAAGCAUCUCAAGACUCGUAUGCCAGAUUCACAGCACGAAGCGAUCGAUACAUUGCGCAAGCACUUGAUGAAAAAUGGCAUGCCAGACGAAGUGCGACAGUUUAUCGAAAAGCACAAGAACGCUUCUUUGAUGGACCACAUUCGAAUGAUGCGAUGGUUGUUCAAGUACACGAGCGAGUUGGCUCAGGAGGAUGUUCAGGCUUUCACCAAGACUCAAAGUGGAACCGGUCCCCAGGCGAACAAGAGUACCGAAAAGCCGCAAGAAGGCCAGGAAGAGUCUGGCCAGAAGAGCAAGGAGCAGAGUGACAAGGAGCAUGAACAGGCCUCGAAGGAGCAGCAGCAGAAGAAAAAGAAGCAAGAUCAAGGCUUCCCCGCUCCCAAAGUCUUCGAAUUCCGUCUGGAUCCUGCGUCCUUCCUGGUCACUGCGUUUGUCACAUACUAUAUCUACCGAAGCGUUUUCCCUGGUGAGAGCGCUGGCCGGGAGAUCACAUGGCAAGAAUUCCGGUCUAAUUAUCUCGACAAGGGCCUUGUGGAGAAGCUCACAGUCGCAAAUGGUCAUCGUGUACGCGUUGACCUCAACCGCGAGGUUGUGAGCCAAGUCUACCCGGACGCUCCCGGACAGCCCGUGACUCACGUCUAUUUCAGCAUCGGCUCGGUAGACAGCUUUGAGCGAAAACUUGAGCAGGCUCAGUACGAGCUUGGAAUUCCAAACCAUGAACGGAUCCCGGUUGCUUACGUGGACGAGGUUCCGUGGGGCAGCGCCCUUUUGUCUUUCGCUCCUACUUUGCUGUUAAUCGGCGGAAUCUACUGGUUCUCCCGGCGUGGUGCCGGCGGCGCGGGCCAGAGCGGUAUCUUUGGUAUCGGAAAAAGCCGUGCCAAGCGAUUCAAUCACGAGACUGACAUCAAGAUCAAGUUCUCCGAUGUUGCCGGUAUGGAUGAGGCCAAGGUGGAAAUUAUGGAGUUCGUCAGCUUCCUUCAGCAGCCUGAGCGAUUCCAAAGGCUUGGUGCCAAGAUCCCCCGCGGCGCUAUUCUCUCUGGUCCUCCUGGUACUGGUAAGACGCUGCUCGCAAAGGCAACUGCUGGCGAGUCCGGCGUGCCUUUCUUCAGCGUUAGCGGUUCGGAAUUCGUGGAGAUGUUUGUGGGUGUUGGACCGUCUCGAGUGCGUGAUCUGUUCGCAAACGCUCGCAAGAACGCCCCUUGCAUUAUUUUCAUUGAUGAAAUUGAUGCCAUCGGAAAGUCUCGCUCGAAGUCCAACUUCGGCGGUGGCAACGACGAACGCGAGAGCACACUCAACCAGAUUCUGACCGAAAUGGAUGGCUUCAACACUUCCGAGCAGGUCGUUGUCCUAGCUGGUACUAAUCGACCUGACGUUCUCGAUAAGGCUCUCAUGCGUCCUGGACGUUUCGAUCGUCAUAUUUCGAUCGAUCGUCCUACUAUGGACGGCCGCAAGCAAAUUUUCCGUGUCCAUCUCAAGAAGAUUGUUACAGAUGAGAACAUGGAUUUCUUGGAAGGCCGUCUUGCUGCUUUAACCCCUGGAUUUGCGGGUGCCGAUAUCGCCAACUGCGUGAAUGAGGCUGCCCUGGUCGCUGCGCGCGAGAACGCUGACAAGGUUGUUAUGCGUCACUUUGAGCAAGCCAUCGAGCGUGUGAUUGGUGGAUUGGAAAAGAAAUCGCUGGUGCUAUCGCCCGAGGAGAAGCGUACGGUCGCCUAUCACGAGGCUGGCCAUGCCAUCUGUGGCUGGUACUUCCGAUGGGCCGACCCGCUCUUGAAGGUGUCGAUCAUUCCUCGAGGCCAAGGUGCUCUAGGCUACGCGCAAUAUCUGCCAGCAAAUGGCGACACGUACUUGAUGAAUGUGAACCAACUCAUGGACCGCAUGGCAAUGACUUUGGGUGGCCGUGUUAGUGAAGAGCUGCACUUCGAUACUGUCACUAGCGGAGCUAGCGAUGACUUCAACAAGGUGACUCGUAUGGCCACUGCCAUGGUCACCAAGUUUGGUAUGUCGAAGAAGCUUGGCUACAUUCAUUACGAGGACGAUUCUAGCCAGCAAUUCCAGAAGCCCUUCUCAGAGGACACAGCCCGCACGAUCGACAUGGAGGUGCGUCGCAUUGUCGACGAAGCCUACAAGCAGUGUCACGACUUGUUGAGCUCGAAGAAGAAGGAGCUUGGCAUUGUCGCCGAGGAGCUUCUGUCCAAGGAAGUUCUUGGUCGUGACGAUCUUGUCCGUCUCCUUGGUCCUCGUGAGUGGCCAGACAACGCUGAGUUUGCCAAAUACUUUGAUGGAAAAGGCGGCGAGACCAUCGCUCCCCACGAGCCCACCCCAGACCCCGAGACGACGGUCGGUAAGGAUGGUCGUGACGAGACCCCUCUUCCUCCGUCUUAG